AUGGCCCCGCAAAUACGGACGGCCGGCGCCGUCUAUGGCCUCCUCUGCGUCAUCAGCCUGCUCAACUACGUUGACCGAGGCAUAAUUCCCGGCGCGCCGAUCGAGUUCCAGGCGUUCGUCCAGCAGACGCACGGCGUCGCGCCGGAGCACGUCAGCGUCUACAUCGGGCUCCUCGUCUCGGCCUUCAUCGCGUCCUACUCGAUCUCAAUUUGCAUCUUUGGCUACCUCUCCAUGCGCCACCGGCCGUUCCAGCUCGCUGCCAUCGGUCUCGGUCUCUGGGUCCUUGCGCUCGUCUUGUGCGGCCUUGCUAAGACCGCCGGCAGUUUCUACCUCCUCCUCCUCGGGCGACUCCUCAGCGGCGUCGGCGAGUCGUCGUUCCAUGCGACGACGCCGGCCUUCGUAGACGAGUUUGCGCCACCGGGCAAGCGGACGCUGUGGCUGGGAUUCUUUUACUCGGGCAUGUCGGCGGGCACCGCGCUCGGCUACUCGUACGGCUCGCUGCUCGCGCGCACGCUUGGAUGGGACGUCGCCUUCUACCUCCUUGCGCUCCUCAUGCUGCCGCUCGUCUACGCCUGCUACGCCAUGAUCCCGCCAUCGUUCAACGAGCCGUUCCACAAUGCGCAUGCUCGUCUGAAUGACGUCGACAGUCGGACGCUCUCGUUCUCAACGCCCCUCGACCGCCCCUCGGUCGUGCUGCUGGACACGCCGACCGUCACGGCGACGACCGAAGCGCGGGCGAUCGUGUCCGACUUGGUUUUUUUUACCGCGAGCUUGGGCCUCGCCGCGUACGCCUUCACGGUCGCGGGCCUCGGCGCCUUCGCGCCUUCGAUCCUGAUUGGAUAUGGCCUCCUCCCCGAGGCCAUCGCGUCGACUGUCUUUGGGCUCAUCGCGAUCCUCGGGGGGCUCAUCGGGUCGCCGCUCGGCGGCCUCCUCCUCGACCGGUCGUGCGCUGGCCACGACGACGACGACGCUUUCCGCGUGCACGCGGCCGCCAAGCAAAUGGCCGGCAUGAUGGCGCUCGGCGUCGGAAGCCUCUUCGCGUCGCUCGCGACCAUCCACAUGACGGGCGUCUUCUUCGUCUGCCUCGCCUUCGGGCUCCUCUGCCUCUUCUCGACGACGGCCGCGACGACCGUCGUCAUCCUGCUCAACGUCCCCAAGGCCCGGCGCGGGUUCGCCAUGGGCCUCAGUACGCUCGUGCUGCACCUCUUUGGCGACGUGCCGUCGCCGAUUGUGCUCGGUGCGCUCAAGGACGCGUGGGCGCCGCACUGCGGCAGCGUCGUCGCCAACGACGGCAGCCUCACGCUGGACCCGCUCUGCUCGACGGACCGCGAUGGCUUGACCAAGACGCUCACGUUUGCGUACGCGUGGCUGCUCUUCGCCGUCGGUCUCUGGAGCGCGACAGUCCUGCUCGCCAAGCGACGCGUGCGGGCCAAGACCGCCGACGCGCUGGAAGCGACGCCGCUAGUGCCCAACUGA